AUGCCAAUUGAUGAUGAUGAAGAAGAAGAUAUCUUAGAUCAACGUAAUGUAGAAAACAUCAAUAGAGUCAUUGAGGAGGCGGAAGAAGAAGAGGAUGAAGAGGAUGAUAAUGAUGAUGAAAGGAAUGGAUUAAAUGAUGUUACAGGUAUGGGUGAAGAUGAGCCAGACAAUGAGAUUCAUGAAGAAGAAGAAUACGCAGAAGAAGAAGAAGAUGCUGAUGAUGAUGAUGGGGAGGAGGAAGGGGAGGAAGAAGAAGAAGAAGAAGAAGAGGAGGAGGAGGAGGAGGAGGGUGAAGAAGAUGAUGAAGAGGAUGGUGACGAUGACGACGAUGACGAAGACGAUGAUGAAGAAGAUGGUGACGAUGACGACGAUGACGAAGAAGAUGAUGAAGAUGAUGAAGAUGAUGACGAUGACAAUGAUGGCGAAGAAGAUGAUGAUAACGAAAAUGAAAGUAGGGGUGGUGAUAACGAUAGCCAAAAGGAACAAGAAGAAAGAAAAGAUAAUAAAGAAAUUGUUAACGUUGAUGAACUUCAGGUCAAAGAUGAUAACUCUAAUCUACCUAUAUAUAAUCAUAAAAAUCAAAACAAGGAACCUAUGGAUGUAUUUAUGGGGGAAAAUAGUAAUGAAAACUCUAAAAAAAAUUACAAUGAAGCUAAAUAUAUUACCAUUGUAGAGCCGAAAAAAGAUAACCCAGAUAUUUUAAUGGGCAAUGAUGCUGGUAGAGAACAAACAAGCGAUAAUGAUAUUGAAAUGGAGGACGGCAAACAAAUAACGGAAAUAAAACUUUCAGAAUAUGAUAAAAUAUACAAUUAUUAUACAACUUUGCAUAAUAAUUCUACAAUAGCAUCAAAUUACAGCAUUAAUCCCAUUGCAGCAAUUCCAAUUGCAUGCCACGUUCAGUCAUUGGCUAUGUCAAAGGGGCUUAAAUAUUUGUUUUUAGGUGGCUCUGACGGAUACAUUAGAAAAUAUGAUUUUUUAAACACCUUAGAAGGCAAGCUAUCUCUAACAAUUCUGCAAAAACAUUCUUUGGUAGAAUCUAUUUCUUAUGCUGGAAUAUUGUUAUCAUAUUAUAACAAUGAACUUCCUCAGUUUAAAUCAGAUAUUAAAAUAAUACCAAACAAAAAAACUGGCGAGGAAUAUGUUCCUAAGUUAAGUCCCGUAUAUUCUCUCGAUGUCCAAUCAGAAUGUUUGUUUUCAUUAGCAGGCCAAGAAAAUGGUGGCAUACUUUUACAAGGUAUACGAUAUAUGGAAGAAAGAAUUGCACAUUACUUCCCAAGUUCCAAAACUAAUGGUCAUAGCAACAUUGUGGAUGUCUUAAAGUUGAAUGGAGCAGAAGAUAAAUUUAUAAGUGGUAGUUGGGAUAAAAAAAUAUUAGAGUGGGAUUUGAAUACAGGCAGAAUUAUAAACGAAUUUAAAGGCCAUUCUUCACAAUUAAGUACAUUAGAGUUUAGACCCUUAAACUCCACAGUUAAUAUCGACAGCAUUAAUAGUAAUACUUCUAAUAAUAAUAAUAAUGAAGAUGAUGAUUUGGACUCCUUGUUCGGCGAUGAUGAGGAUGAUGAGGAUGAUGAAGGAAAGGGUCAGGAUGAGAUUGGAGGAACAAUGAAAAAUGAGAUGAAACAAGCUUAUUCCAAGGGAUGUGCUCCAUUAAAUAAUAUUAGUAAAACCACUUUAAAGACUGAGUAUGAUGAAUCCACAUUUCUAACGUCAAGUAUUAAUGGUUCAUGCUUGAUAUGGGACCGUAGAAUAUCUACUGACCCAACAAUGUGUUUACAACGGAGUAGUGGCGUCCCACCGUGGGCUAUGUGUAGCUGUUGGGGUGCUGAUGGGAAUAAAGUGUAUGUUGGAAGAAGAAACGCGUUAGUAGAAGAAUUUGACUUAAGAAAAGGUGGGAGUAGUACUUCCUCCAUUUUUAAGUUUCCUAUCAUAUCAGGUCCAGUAUCGUGUGUACGGGCAUUGCCCAAUGGUAAACAGCUAUUGGCUGCUUCUAAUGAUAACAUAAGAAUUUACGACUUAACUGCUGAUCCAGAAAAGGUUAAAAUCCCCUUUUUAAUUGUUCCUGGUCACCAUGGUGGUACGAUUUCAAAUUUAUACAUUGAUCCAACUUGUAGGUUCUUGAUUAGCACCAGCGGUAAUAAAGGUUGGCAAGGCACUUCCACAGAGACAACUUUAAUAUAUGACAUUGAUUUAAAUAGCUAA